CUUGUCCGCGCGAGCCGGCGGCGGGCUCCAGUCAGCCGGCGACAUGAGCGGCGGCGGCGGCGGCGGCGGAGACGACGUGGUGUGCACCGGCUGGCUGAGGAAAUCGCCUCCCGAAAAGAAGUUGAGGCGCUAUGCCUGGAAGAAACGCUGGUUUAUAUUGCGGAGCGGCCGGAUGAGUGGCGACCCAGAUGUUCUGGAAUACUACAAGAAUGAGCAUUCCAAGAAACCCCUGCGGAUCAUCAACCUGAACUUCUGUGAGCAGGUGGAUGCAGGCCUCACCUUCAACAAGAAAGAGCUUCAGGAUAGUUUUGUGUUUGAUAUCAAGACCAGCGAGCGCACUUUUUACCUGGUAGCUGAGACAGAGGCUGACAUGAAUAAGUGGGUCCAGAGCAUCUGUCAGAUCUGCGGCUUCAAUCAGGCUGAGGAGAGCACAGACUCCCUGAGAAACCUUUCUGCAGCCAGUCAUGGUCCCCGCUCUUCUCCAGCUGAGUUCAGCAGCUCUAGUCAUCACCUGCUCCGAGAGCGGAAGUCCUCAGCCCCCUCACACUCUAGCCAGCCCACUUUAUUCACAUUUGAGCCCCCUGUGUCAAGCCACAUACAGCCGGCCUUGUCUACCAGUGCACCUCAGGAGUAUCUUUACUUACACCAGUGCAUAAGCCGAAGGACAGAAAAUGCAAGGAGUGCCAGCUUCUCUCAGGGCACCCGGCAGAAGAGUGAUACAGCAGUGCAGAAACUUGCCCAGGGCAAUGGACACUGUAUCAACGGAGUCAGCGGUCAAGUCCAUGGUUUCUAUAGCCUUCCCAAGCCAAGCCGACACAAUACAGAAUUCAAAGACAGUACUUAUGACCUCCCCCGGAGCCUGGCUUCACAUGGCCACACCAAGGGCAGCCUCACAGGGUCUGAGACUGAUAAUGAGGAUGUCUAUACAUUCAAGACACCCAGCAACACCCUGUGUCGGGAGUUUGGAGACCUCCUAAUGGACAAUAUGGAUGUUCCAACCACCCCUCUCUCAGCCUACCAGAUCCCCAGAACAUUCACACUGGACAAGAACCACAAUGCCAUGACAAUGGCCACUCCUGGAGACUCAGCCAUAGCUCCCCCACCUCGCCCCCCCAAGCCAGUUCAGGCAGAAACACCUCGAUGGGGCAGCCCUCAGCAAAGACCUCCAAUUAGUGAAAACAGCAGAUCUGUAGCUGCCACUAUCCCCAGGCGCAAUACCCUCCCUGCAAUGGACAACAGCCGACUCCACCGAGCUUCUUCUUGUGAGACCUAUGAGUACCCAACACGAGGUGGUGGAGAGAGUGCCAGCUGGUGUGCUGAAUCUCCAGGAAAGUCUGUUGUGGGUCGAUCAGACAGUGCCAGCUCUGAUGACAACUACGUGCCCAUGAACCCAGGUUCUUCUACCCUUCUGGCGAUGGAACGAGCAGGGGACAAUUCCCAGAGUGUCUACAUCCCAAUGAGCCCAGGGCCCCAUCACUUUGACCCACUUGGCUACCCAUCCACAGCCCUUCCUAUUCAUAGAGGCCCUAGCCGAGGAAGUGAGAUCCAGCCACCCCCGGUCAACCGCAACCUCAAGCCUGACCGAAAAGCAAAGCCAACACCCCUUGACCUGAGAAACAACACUGUCAUCGAUGAGCUCCCCUUCAAGUCACCUGUCACCAAGUCUUGGUCCAGGGUCAACCACACCUUUAACUCCAGCUCCUCCCAGUACUGCCGUCCCAUCUCCACACAAAGCAUCACCAGCACAGACUCAGGAGACAGUGAGGAGAACUACGUCCCUAUGCAAAACCCAGUAUCUGCAUCACCUGUUCCCAGCGGCACUAACAGCCCAGCUCCAAAGAAGAGCACUGGCAGUGUGGAUUACCUAGCCCUGGACUUCCAGCCGGGCUCCCCAAGCCCUCACCGCAAGCCAUCCACAUCAUCUGUCACAUCGGAUGAGAAGGUAGACUAUGUCCAAGUGGAUAAAGAGAAGACCCAGGCCCUGCAGAACACCAUGCAGGAGUGGACAGAUGUGCGGCAGUCCUCAGAACCUUCCAAGGGUGCCAAGCUGUGAUAAGGGGGCCGCUGAGCUUAAGGGCCAUAAGGCAGCUGCUCAGAGCUGGCUCUUCUUUGUCACCUCCUUCUCCAUCCCUACUUUUCCACA